UCCUCCUUCGCGCCCUUAUCCAAGGACUCGUUGAUGCUUCACCGUCUUCGUUUUCUUAGAGAGUUUCAUGGCGAAAAACCCUUCCAAUGGGAAUAUUCUCCAGCAAUUGAGAGAUGGAACUGCCCACUUCGAGCUUGUCUCUUCGCCUGUUUCCUCAAUUUCACCACCAACCUCCAACUUUCGUUCCGCAGCUUUCCUUCGAGAUAACACUCAUCGAUUCUUCGCUAGAAUUGGAUCCCCAUUAGCCACAGGAUCACCCGCAACCAAGAAAGUCGAGCAUUAUUCGGUUCACAGAGUUACUGGAGAUGGCCGCUGUCUAUUUCGAGCAUUGGUCAAAGGGAUGGCUUUCAAUAAAGGUAUCACUCUCAGCCCUGGGAAUGAGAAAGCUGAUGCAGAUGAUCUGCGAAUGGCUGUAAAAGAGGUUAUGUGUGAUAAUGGUAAAGAGCGUCAACAGUAUGAAGAAGCCUUGGUUGCAAUUACAGUAGAGGAGUCCUUGAAGCGUUACUGCCAACGCAUUCAGCGACCUGAUUUCUGGGGUGGAGAGUCAGAGCUUCUGGUGCUAUCAAGGUUGUGUCGCCAGCCAAUCAUUGUUUAUAUACCAGAGCAUGAGCAUACAAAUCGGGGCUGGGGUUCUGGUUUUAUUCCCAUAGCAGAGUAUGGAUCUGAGUUCCGCAAAGGGUCCAAAAGAGGAAAAGCAAGGAAAGUUGUGAGGCUCCUUUACAGUGGUAGCAACCACUACGAUCUACUUCUCUAAUAACUCAUCAUGCAAGAUGGAAGAAAUAACCAUGUUUAUUGCCCAAAAGAGGAAAAUAUCGGUUUGUAAUACAAAUCUGUUUAACUCCAUACAACAUGUACAAUUUUGCUAUGUGAGUUUCUAUAGGGUCAAUUAUUGUCCCUGGAGAUUCCAAACUCCCAAUUCACCCCUCGUACGUUUACCGAAUUUGUUUGUCACGUUGCACUUGCGGCUUUAGCUGCUAUGA